AUUAUUCUGCUAUGGGUAUUUUACAUCUUUGUCUCGUCUUUGUCUUCCAGGAAUGCCCAGGUUUGCCAGCCAGCCUUCGGCGGCCACUGUGCGUCUCGGGGACAACCAGGUGAUGGCGUGCGAGGUGAACUCAGAUCUGGUGCCCUUCACCCGGUGGGAGAAAGACCGUCAGCCUCUCGAGCUGAGCCCCAGACUGGUCCAGCUGCCCAGCGGAGCUCUGGUUAUCACCAACGCCUCGGAGGCCGACGCUGGCCUUUAUCGCUGCCUGGUGGAAAACGUGGGCUCUUCCAAGGCCAGCGACGAGGCCCAGCUCCAGACACUGCCAGAAACUGGGGAGGACAGGAAGCUGGAGUUCCUGGUGUCACCUGCACCUGUGGCCAAAGUGAUGGGUGCCAGCGUUCUGCUGCCCUGCGUCGUCGAGGGUUUUCCUCCUCCACACAUUCGUUGGAUGUUUGGAGACAAGCUGCUAGAAGAAAGUGAGGGUCGAGUGGAAGUGCUGGGCGGCGGCAGCAUCCAGAUUUACAACCUCACGGAGGAGGAUGCCGGCAUCUACACCUGCGUGGCGGAAAAUUCCAACAGCACCAUCGAAGCUCAGGCCCAGCUCACAAUACAAGUUCCUCCGCAGUUUGUCAAGCGACCAGCCAACAUUUACGCCCACGAGUCCAUGGACAUCGUCUUUGAGUGCGAGGUAUCCGGGUCGCCCGCUCCCACCGUUAAAUGGGUCAAGAAUGGAGACGCUGUCAUCCCCAGUGACUACUUCAAAAUAAUCAAGGAGCACAACCUGCAGGUUCUGGGUCUGGUCAAGUCAGAUGAGGGUUUCUACCAGUGCCUUGCGGAAAACGAUGCAGGAAACAUCCAGUCCAGCGCGCAGCUCAUCAUCUUGGAUCACGGCUCCGGAGGUGUAGCCGGCCCAGCAGGUCCCACCCCCUCCGCCCCCAGAGACGUCGUGGCUUCGCUGGUCUCCACCCGCUUCAUCAAGCUCACCUGGCGACAACCGGCCGAACCGCACGGAGACGAGUUGACCUACUCUGUCUUCUACAGCCAGGAGGGUACCAGCAGGGAGCGAGUGGUGAACACCAGCCGUCCAGGCGAGAUGCAGGUCACCAUCCAGAACCUGAUGCCAGACACCAAAUAUCGCUUCAGGGUCGUGGCCCACAACAGCAACGGGCCGGGCGAGAGCUCCGCAGCGCUCAAAGUGGCCACCCAGGCUGAAGUCCAAGUGCCCGGCCCGGCUCCCAACCUGCAGGCAGUGUCCAACUCACCGACCGCCGUUUCUCUGAGCUGGGACAAACCGCUCACUGGCAACGGAGAAAUCCUCACCUACAAACUGUACUACACGGACAAAAGCGUCGGCAACGAACAGGACGUCGACAUUGACGGUCAGUCCUACACCAUGACGGGGCUGAAGAAGAACACCGAGUACAGUUUCCGUGUGGUGGCCAACAACAAACACGGUCCAGGAGUUUCUACUGAGGACGUCACCGUUCGCACGCUGUCUGAUGUACCGAGCGCUCCGCCUCAGAACCUGACCCUGGAGGUCCAGAACUCAAAGAGCAUCAUGCUUCGGUGGCAGCCUCCACCCCUGAGCGGCCAGAACGGGGAGAUCACCGGCUACAAGAUCCGAUACCGGAAAGGAUCCAGGAGGAGUGAGACGGCUGAUACCAUCGGAGGCACCCAGCUUUACAAGCUCAUCGAUGCUCUGGAGCGAGGAACCGAGUACUCCUUCCGGGUGUCGGCCAUGACGGUGAACGGCACCGGACCGGCCACCGAGUGGAUCACAGUGGAAACGUUUGAGAGUGACCUGGACGAAUCCCGCGUGCCGGACCAGCCCAGCUCUCUGCACGUCCGGCCGCUGGUCAACAGCAUCGUGGUGAGCUGGACGCCGCCUGAGAACCAGGACAUCGUGGUCCGAGGUUACUCCAUCGGCUACGGCAUCGGCAGCCCCCACGCUCAGACCAUCAAGGUGGACUACAAGCAGCGCUACUACACCAUCGAGAACCUCAACCCGAGUUCGCACUAUGUGAUCACGCUGAAGGCCUUCAACAACGUGGGCGAAGGGAUUCCUGUGUAUGAGAGCGCCAUCACCAGGCCGCAGUCGGUCCCAGACCCCAUGCCCAUGAUGCCACCCGUGGGGGUUCAGGCCUCUGUGCUGAGCCACGACACCAUCAAGGUGACCUGGGCCGACAACUCGCUGCCCAAGAGCCAAAAGAUCACAGAUAACCGCUACUACACGGUGCGAUGGAAGACCAACAUCCCUGCCAACACUAAAGUGAAGAUGGCCAACACCACCAGCCUGAACCACAUGGUGACGGGUCUGAAGCCCAACACGCUGUACGAGUUCUCCGUCAUGGUGACCAAAAGCCGGCGCACCAGCACGUGGAGCAUGACGGCGCAGGGCACCACCUUCGAGACCAUUCCCAGCUCCUCCCCGAAAGACGUGACUGUGGUGAGCAAAGAGAACAAACCUCGCACCAUAAUCGUCAACUGGCAGCCUCCCUCCGAAGCCAACGGAAAAAUCACUGGCUACAUCAUCUACUACAGCACAGAUGUGAACGCUGAGGUCCACGAUUGGGUCAUUGAGCCAGUGGUGGGAAACCGGCUGACGCACCAGAUCCAGGAGCUGACGCUGGACACCACCUACUACUUCAAGAUCCAGGCCCGGAACUCAAAGGGGAUGGGCCCCAUGUCUGAGGCCGUGCACUUCCGCACUCCAAAGACUUCAAAUCCACCAAAGCCAGGACCUCCGGGACACCAUCCACCAGUGGACCCUGGGAUGCCACUUGGUAAACCAGGGGUCGGAAGCGGUGAAAAUCACAUCCUGGUCAUCGUCAUCAUCAUCUCAGUGGGAGCCUUCACCAUCAUCGUGGUGGUGGUGGGAGCCUUCCUGUGCACACGGCGGACCACGUCCCACCAGAAGAAAAAGCGAGCCGCCUCAAAGUCCUCAAACGGCUCCCACAAGUACAAGGGAAACUCCAAAGACCUGAAGCCGCCCGAUCUUUGGAUCCACCACGAGAGGCUGGAGCUGAAACCCAUGGACAAGUCGCCGGAGCCCAACCCAGUCAUGACCGAGACGCCGAUCCCUCGCACGUCGCAGGACAUCACGCCGGCCGACAGCGGCCUGGAGAGCAACCCCCACCUGCAGCAGAGGCGCAACUCCUACCGUGGCCACGAAUCAGAGGACAGCAUGUCUACACUAGCAGGCCGACGAGGGAUGAGGCCUAAAAUGAUGAUGCCUUUUGACGCGCAGCCGCCUCAGCCUGUGAUUAGUGCUCACCCCAUCCAUUCCCUUGAUAACCAUCACCACCAUUAUCACAUGGGCAGCCUGGCGUCGCCGACACGCAGCUACCUCUACCACCAGGGCAGCGGGCACCCUCGCCCUCACGCCUGUGCCACCCCCAUCUCCCAUCUAGACAGGGUGGACUCCACAGAGUCCGUGAGGAACACCCCCAGCUCGGAGCCCCUACCUCCGGCCACCGCCUCCUCCCAGGCCUCCUGCCCCUCUGAGAUCCUGGCCGACCCCGAGGGCAGCUACCACGGCUCCACCACCACGGAGGAGGAGCCCAGCUACUCCAGCAACCUGCCGCCGCACCGCUCAGCGCACCCCCACGCCCACGCCCACCCGCUCAAGAGCUUCGCCGUUCCCGCCAUCCCGGCCACCAGCCACCCGUCAUACGAGUCGCCCGCCCUGCCCAGCACUCCCCUGCUCGCUCAGACCGGGCCUCCGACUCACCCCCACGUCGUAAAAACAGCCUCCAUUGGAACACUAGGAAGGACACGAACACCGAUGGCCGUCACCGUGCCCAACGCCCCUGAUGUGCCGGAGACCAGCAAGAUGCUGGAAGAUGUAGACAGCAGCUACGAGCCCGACGAGCUGACCGAGGAGAUGGCCCACCUCGAGGGCCUGAUGAAGGACCUGAACGCCAUCACCACAGCGCCAUGAGCACGCACUCGCACCGACACACGAAACAAACGCACCCUCUCUCGUCAGCCCGCACACACGUAUCCAGAAACACUUCAAAAAUCAAACACACCCAAACAUUCUGGAGCCAGGAAAGCCGGUGGACACUAAAAAAAAUGGCUUCUUGCGCCCCGAGAAAAAAAAACUCUCACAUCCCCCACUUUGCAGAGAUAAAAACAAACAAAAAAAUCAACAAAAAAAAAUCAACAAAAAAACAACAACCUCCAGACUGAAACUUAGGAACUUUUUUCGGCUUACCUUGCUCAGUCUCAGGAAGGAGAUCGCCAUGAGAGGGAAGAAAAAGUGAGACGCUUCAUCUUUAUAAUGAAGAAUCAUUCUCAGAGACAAUGAACUUUGAAAACAUUGGUCGCUUUUCAACCGGAAGAUUGUGAAUUUCUUUCUUUUUUUUGUUUUUUUUUUUUUUCCUCAGCAAAAAAUCUGUUACGGUAGGUUUUUUGUGCCGAACGCUCGCUCAAGACGGUUGAUUCAGUGUCAAAAUGGAGAAAGUCCAAAAAUAUGCUGGUUUUUUUUGAUGUUGGUGCUCGAAGGCGGCACGGUCUACACACAGUGUUUGUUUGAUUAGUGUUUUCUUUGUGCAUUUUGUAUAUCUAUUGGGCCGUUUCAGUGAAGUGAACAUUGGAUUUCAGCCCCUCCUUUACAAGCCUACAU